CCCAAAACUCUUUAAGGAGGUACCAGUUAACAGAGAUUGUGCUGCAAAAAUCGUGGACUUCACUGAGUGACUGCUGCGCCACACCAAAAAGAGUUAUUGGAAACACCUUUCUUCAAACAGCUGACAUGGAAGACUUAGCUGACAUAGCCAGAUUUUUGGGGAAAUUUUUCUAUUACUUUGUUGAAUCUGUAAUCUUCCAUAUUAUUCCAAAACCUAAAAAGAAUGUUGCUGGUGAAAUUGUGCUAAUAACUGGAGCUGGAAGUGGCCUAGGAAGGUUAUUGGCCUUAAAAUUUGUCCGUCUUGGAGCAAUUGUAGUUCUCUGGGACAUUAAUCAAGAAAAUCUUGCUGAAACAUGUAGGCUAGCUAAAGAACACAGUUCUGCAAGAGUUUAUGGCUACAUAUGUGAUUGCAGCAAAAAACAGGAAAUCUACAAAGUUGCAGAGCAGGUUAAAAAAGAAGUUGGUGAUGUUACCAUCCUCAUCAACAAUGCUGGAAUUGUAACAGGAAAACGAUUCCUUGAGACCACAGAUGAACAUGUGGAAAAAUCUUUUCUUGUAAACUUCUUUUCUCAUAUCUGGACUUACAGAGCCUUCCUUCCUAGCAUGAUAGCUAAUAAUCAUGGUCACCUGGUCUGUAUUUCAAGUGCAGCUGGACUAGUUGGCAUGAAUGGACUAGCAGAUUAUUCAGCAAGUAAAUUUGCAUCAUUUGGAUUUGCAGAAUCCAUUUACUUUGAAUUGAGACAUUUAAAGAAACAUGGAAUUAAAACAACUAUUGUCUGCCCAUAUUUCAUCAAAACUGGAAUGUUUAGUGGUUGUUUAAGCAAGUAUCCAACCAUAUUGCCUAUUCUGGAGCCCGAAUACAUAGCCAGUAAAAUCAUAAAAGCUAUUCUGGAAGAUCAGGUUUAUCUGAUAACCCCCAAAAUAGCAGUCAUUGCAUUGGUGUUGAAACAAAUGAUAUCUGCAAAAAUGAGUCUGGCACUCGGUGAUUUUCUUGGAGUUUUCAAUUCUAUGGAUACUUUCCAAGGUAGAAAAGAGAGAGAAAAUUCAAACUGUGGCAAUGAUUCACCAAUAACUCAAAUGCAACAGGAUAAAGAAUACAGGAAACAAUGAAGAAUAAUUCUGCCAGAGAGCUAUUGGCUAUUUCGAAGGUGCCUACUUUAUUCCCAGAAGUUUCUAUGUUCAUUCCUAUAGGUAUUCAGAAUUUCAUUAUAUGUCUUAUUGCUUCCCGUGCUAUAGCCUAAGUACCUAACUACACUUCCAUUAUCUUAGUGAAUUAUGUUAAAUCCUAAAAAGUAAAAUAAAAAGUUUUAAUUAUUUUCA